AUGGAUGUUAAUGGAUCUGUGUUUGUCCAAGAGAGAGACCCUGGAGAGACCCUGGAGAGACCCUAUACCAACACACCUGUUUCAUCCUCAGCGUGUGGAGUCUCUCUGUCAGACAGCAGCAUGGAGCAGUGUAACGCCUCAUCCAAAUACAAGGACAUCAUCUCCAACAGUACUCUGAUCUCUAAACCUCUGACCUCUCCUGCUGUCUACCAGCUGAGACCAAAGGAAGAGAAGUUUGGGACUCUGACAAGAAAAACUAUUGGAGAGAAAAACCUGGAAAAGAAAAAGAAAAACAUCUUACUUGUAGGUGAAACAGGAACAGGAAAAUCUACUCUGAUCAACACUCUGGUCAACUACACCAUGGGAGUGAAGUUUGAGGACAACAUCUGGUUUGAGAUCGUAGAAGAAGAAGAGAAAAGAUGUUCCACACACAGUCAGACAUCAGAUGUGAUCGUGUACGAGAUCUUUGGUUAUGAAGAUGAAACUCUGCCCUACUCUCUGACCAUCAUCGAUACUCCUGGAUAUGGAGACACCAGAGGGAUCGAACGUGAUGACAUCGUUAGUCAAAGAUUAUUGGACUUGUUCCGCUCAGACGAUGGAGUUCAUAAACUUUCUGUAGUGGGUCUGGUGCUGAAGGCGAGUGUGAAUCAAGUGAGUGAUCGACUGAAGUACAUCUUAGAUUCAGUGAUGUCUCUGUUUGGGAAAGAUCUGGAUGAGAACAUUGUUGCUCUCAUCACAAACUCAGAUGGAAUAAAACCUGAAAAUGUUCUGAAAGCUCUUAAAGCUGCAAACAUUAAAUGUGCCAAAGAUGAGAAGAAUCAGCCUAAUCACUUCCUGUUUGAUAACCGCCAGAAUGAACAGAGAACAGAAGAUGAUGAGUUUGCUUUAGAGAAUGCAUGGACGAUAACAGAGAGAGGAAUGAAACGUUUCACAGACUUCCUGAAAGAAUCUAACCCUCAGAAGUUAGUGACAACAGUUGAAGUGUUGAGGGCACGGAUCAGACUGACAGCCUGCAUCCAAAACCUGGAAGAAAAAAUCCAGCUGAUUGAACUGAAACAGAGAGAGAUCCAACAGACUGAAGAAGCUCUGAAGAAACAUGAAGAAGAGAUGAAGAAGAAUGAGAAGUUCACUGUAGAAGUUGAUGAGGUCUACAAAGAGAAAGAGCCAGUGGUCAAUGGUGGGAUGUGGGGGUUAUGGUUUUAUGAAGGAGCUGUCACCUGUAACAGAUGUAAAGAGAACUGUCGCUAUCCUGGAUGCACAAUGGCCUGGAAACCUGAACACUGUGAGGUCAUAAAAAGAGGUCGCUGCACUUCAUGUACAGGGAAGUGUCCUGUAUCAGAUCAUAUGAAGGAGACAGGAGACACAGAGAAGGUGAAGAAGCUGGAGAAGAUGAAGAGUCGACGGCAGGGCCGGCCCAAGGCAUAA